UCCCCUCCUCCCCUGCUACAGCACACCUGCUUUCUCUUGGCUGCACGCAUUCUCACAGUGAUCAGCUCUUUGGCCUGCCGCGCUGCAGCUUCACUCCAUCCCUCUCUGGAUUUUCGGGUGGCCGUCUUUCUCUCCCGUUCCUGCAAACGGCACAGGUCAUUGACAGCAUGAGGUUGGCCUGUCUUACCCUGCUCCUGGUGUCCGUGUGCUGGGCCCUGCCCUUCCGUCAGUCUGGCUUUCUGGACUUCAUGAUGGAGGACGAGCAAAUUUCAGGUGAAGGGCCACCUGUCGUCACAACGAAGCAAGAGUUUCCCCCUGAAGUACCUAUUGGACCCGUUUGUCCAUUCAGAUGCCAGUGCCAUCUGCAUGUGGUGCAGUGCUCUGACCUAGGGAUGAAAAACGUUCCUGAGGAUAUCCCAUCAGACGCCCAACUGCUGGACCUGCAAAACAACAAGAUCACCGAGAUCAGAGAGAACGACUUCAAAGGCCUCAAAGCACUUCAUGCUCUCAUUCUGGUAAACAACAAGAUCACCAUCAUCCACGCCAAGGCCUUUUCUCCUCUGGUCAACCUUCAGAGGCUUUACCUGUCUAAGAACCUGCUGAAGGAUAUUCCCAGCAACAUGCCCAAGAGCGUCCAGGAGCUGCGCAUCCACGAGAACCAGAUCACUAAAAUCAAGAAGGCCUCCUUCACUGGCAUGGUUAAUGUCAUUGUCAUGGAGCUUGGCUCCAACCCCUUGACCAGUUCAGGUGUGGACGCAGAUGCUUUCAAGGAUCUGAAGAGGGUUUCCUACAUCCGUAUCGCUGACACCAACAUUACCAGCAUUCCCAAAGGUCUGCCCACCUCUCUGUCAGAGCUGCACCUGGAUGGGAACAGGAUUACCAAGGUCACUGCCGACAGCCUGAAAGGUCUCAAGCACCUAGCCAAGCUUGGCCUGAGCAGUAAUGAGAUCAGUGUUGUGGAGAACGGGACUCUGCCCAUGAUUCCACACUUGAGGGAGCUCCACCUGGACCACAAUGCUCUAACCAGUGUGCCUGCUGGUCUUCCUGACCACAAGUACAUCCAGGUGAUCUAUCUUCAUGCCAACAAGAUAGCCUCUGUGGGAACGGAAGACUUCUGCCCUGCCAGCUUCAACACCAAGAAGGCCAUGUAUUCCGGCAUCAGUCUGUUCAGCAACCCCGUGCCGUACUGGGAGGUCCAACCCAUCACUUUCCGUUGCGUUUUUGACCGCUCUGCUGUUCAGCUGGGCAACUACAGGAAGAAAUAAGGCGUCUAGAGUGCCUGACCACUGUCCUUAUAACCCCCCCAUCCCCCCAUCCCCACCCACCCCAACCACCCCCUCCUUUCCAAAGCACCUCAAGUGUGUAACUCGAAUUCGAAUGUCCUGACUCGGACGACUCAAAAUGUGUUCUGAGUAUACUGAUAAUGGCACACAACAGGCAAUACUGCGCACUAAUUUCACAUAGCGAAGUAAUAAACAGUAACAACAUCAAGUAUCUUGCACAUUACAUGUUACAAAAAGAAAUAGCUAAACAUGUAUCAGGCUUUGUUCCUCUUUUUUUUUUUUUCCUAUACAUCCCUAUAGCACUACUAGAACCUUGUGUUAAGUGAAAGAGCAUAAUAAAAAUAAUCAUAGAGGUAUUAUUGGUUAAAGAAAAAGCCAUGACCACUUAGGAUAAUCAAGUGCACGUAUAUAUAUAGUCCUUUGGUUCAAAAGAAUGUGGUUCUAUUUGGAUAUUUCUUGUUCAUAUAAAGAAGAUCCACUCCUGGCCCCUCUCUGGAUCUUUGGGACUUUUCUAAAUUGACAAGGCGGGCCUGCUGAGCGGGCAGCGAAAGGUUAAUUUGCUCCACAUUACCAGGAAAAAGAGCUGAUAUACUAGGUGCACUCAACUAUUAUUACCUGUAUAGCAGUAGUGUUCAGCGUGUACUGUUAGAAAUACAGCCAUCAUGCUCAAAUUUUCCAUUUUCCUCUUCUUUUUUUUUCCCCCCCGCAGUAUUCCUUUCAGUUAGGAGAUGCAAUGAAUUGUCACACUGCAGUAUUUUCCUCCUCUUGCUUCAGAUGUGCAUUUUGUUUGUUCGUUUGUUCGUCUUGAUCGUUUUUAAAACCAGCUGCCAUGCCACAUAUGGUAGGAAAAAAAAGCUCUUCAAGAGGUAGAAUAAACUAUAUUGUCUUUUUAAUGGAAGCAAUUCCCAAAGACCUAUGCUUUUUUUUUCUUUCACUAUUCUUCUUACUUGUUCUGCUUCACCAAGGGUGGCUUGCCAUGUUUAAAUGUGUGCAUUUGUGUCUGAAGAGGAGUGGAAUUAGCAGGUAGACGUGGCUGAACAUGUCCCCCUCUGUCCUUGUGUUAGUGACUGUCACAUGUAUAGAAGCUGUAAAUAAAUGCUGUAUAAAAAAAAAAAAAAAAAAAAAAAAUCCCUUUCCUUGCUUAAAGAAAACAAGCACGGUAGUCGUCCGGACUUGAAUAUAUCGGCAAUAAAGGUGAUUCUUUCUUUCUUUCUUUCUCGAGUCAAAGCUAAAACUUCCAUACACCAACACACACCACAUCUGUACACAUCCCAAAUGGACAGUGACCUUUUAAGAGUAAAGGACAAUCAUGUUUUCACAGUCUCACAUUGCUUUGCACAAAUAUGGUAUAUAGGAUAUAUAUGGUAUACACAAAUAUGGUAUACAGGAGCACGGAGGCUUAGUGGCUUAGCAGGUUCGCCUCACACCGCCAGGGUUGGAGGUUCGAUUCCCGCCGCUACCCUGCGUGUGUGGAGUGUGCAUGUUCUCCCCGUGCUUUGGGGGUUUCCUCCGGGUACUCCGGUUUCCUCCCUCAGUCCGGAGACAUGCAUGGUAGGCUGAUUGGCAUGUCCAAAGUGUCCGUAGUGUAUGAAUGUGCCUUGCGAUGGAUUGGCACCCUGUCCAGGGUGUAAGCCCGCCUUGUGCCCGAUGCUCCUUGGGAUAGGCUCCAGGUUCCCCGCGACCCUGAAGGAUAAGCGGCAUAGAAGAUGGAUGGAUGGAUGGUACAUACCGCAUGGUUUCUCAUAACGUCACAAUGUGGCACAACAGAAGCUCGUUCACCUUAUCGCAAGUUCGAAUCCCGCUGAUGCUAUCCGAGUCCCAGAGUGCGUAAUAAUUAGGAUCUCUAGGUGGGAGGGGUGAUGGUCUUACUGUCUUCCCUGUCAAUUGUUGAAAUCCCUAACCAGUCGUGGGAAAAGUGUGAGGUAGCAUGAGAGGCAGAAACAACAAGGCUGCACGUGUCUUGAAGGAUGCACAUGCUAACACUUACCCUCACCAGGUUGCAUGAUAGUGGAUAACUAUCUAAUGGUUGGAAAGUGGCAAAACGACCAACUUGGAACAAUACAAUUACAGUAUAUUUACAGCACAACUACACCUACAAUAAGUAAGAGAGUAAGAGAGUUGAACAGGCGAUACUGCACGCAUGACCCAUUGUACCCCGUGGUUACUGUGUGAAAAAGGGGAAAUAUAUCUCUGUUUUACAUGUUUAUCUACAAAUAAAUGGUCUAAGGCAGUGA